CUUUCUAGGGGGAGCUGGAAAAACUAAAUCAAUCUACAGACGAUAUCAAUCGGAGAGAGACAGAGCUAGAGGAUGCGCGCCAGAAGUUCCGCUCCGUGCUGGUUGAAGCAACAGUAAAACUGGAUGAACUGGUAAAGAAGAUUGGGAAAGCUGUAGAAGACUCUAAACCUUACUGGGAAGCUCGGAGGGUGGCCAGGCAGGCACAGCUGGAAGCUCAGAGGGCGACUCAGGAUUUUCAGAGGGCUACUGAGGUGCUGCGCGCUGCAAAAGAGACCAUUUCGCUUGCUGAGCAGAGGCUGCUGGAGGAUGACAAACGCCAGUUUGACUCUGCUUGGCAAGAGAUGCUCAACCAUGCUACUCAGAGGGUCAUGGAGGCGGAACAGACCAAGACAAGAAGUGAGCUGGUUCACAAGGAGACUGCAGCCAAAUACAAUGCUGCCAUGGGGAGGAUGAAACAACUGGAGAAGAAGCUGAAAAGAGCCAUCAAUAAAUCAAAACCUUAUUUUGAACUCAAGGCAAAAUACUACGUCCAACUGGAGCAACUGAAGAAAACGGUGGACGACCUGCAGGCAAAACUGGCCCUGGCAAAGGGAGAGUACAAGACUGCCUUGAAAAACCUGGAGAUGAUCUCGGAUGAGAUUCACGAGAGGAGAAGGUCCACUGCGAUGGGGCCCCGAGGAUGUGGUGUGGGUGCCGAGGGGAGCAAUACCUCUGUGGAAGAUCUGUCAGCCAGUAAAGCGGAAUCGGACACCGUCUCCAUGGCUUCAGAAGCGUUUGAGGAUGAUAACGGCAGCAGCUUUGUGUCUGAAGAGGAUUCAGAAACUCAGUCGGUGUCCAGCUUCAGCUCUGGUCCUACGAGUCCCUGCGAGGUGCCUGCUCAGUUUCCUCCGGUGACACGGCCCAGAAGCCUGGAUCUGCCCAGCCCCGUGUCCCUCUCCGAGUUUGGGAUGAUCUUUCCUGUCCUCGGCCCCCGCAGCGAGUGCAGCGGGGCGUCCUCCCCCGAGUGCGAAGCUGAACGAGGGGAUAGGGCAGAAGGGGCUGAGAACAAGACAAGCGACAGAGUGAACAAGAAUAGGAGCAGCAACAGGAGCAGCUCCACUGAGGGGCUGGCUUUGGAUAACCGAAUGAAGCAGCUCUCCCUUCAGUGCAUGAAAAUCAAAGAGGGAAUAUGCGCAGGCAGAAAAGCUGCCCAGAUUGGCUGAGUCCUUCUUGUGCCCUGUCCUGAUUAUUGGGGAAUAUAAAUAUUUAUACAUGAACUUCUAAGUGUUUGAAGAACAUUGUGCCAAUAAGAUAUGCCAAAUCUUAAGCGUU